AUGGGGUUUAGCAAGCUUUUCUUUGGUGUAUGCUGCUUAGCAGUAAUCAUUAUAUUUCAUGUCUCUCAAGCUACAGUAAUUAACAAUCCCAACCAAGGCUUCAUUGAUGAACAGAACAACAAUCCCAACCAAGGCUUCAUUGAUGAACACAACAAAGCUCGAGCAGAGGUCGGUGUUGGUCCAAUCACAUGGAACAACACAGUAGCAAUGUACGCACAAAAGUAUGCCGAUUCAAAAAUUGAGACCUGCGAAAUGGAGCAUUCUGGAGGACCCUAUGGCGAGAACUUGGCUGAAGGUUAUGGUGAAAUGACGGGUGCGCAAGCUGUGAAGUUUUGGGUGACAGAGAAGCCUAACUAUGACCGUGCCUCUAACAAAUGUGUUAAUGAUGAAUGUUUGCAUUAUACACAAGUGGUUUGGCGCGAUUCUGUUCGUCUUGGUUGUGCUAGGGCCAAGUGUAAAAAUGGGUGGGUGUUUGUAAUUUGUAACUAUGAUCCUCCUGGUAACUAUAUUGGAGAGCGUCCCUAUUAG